CUGUUUAUCGUUGCACCCAUUUCUGAUGCGACCGUGAAAUUUGUCCGACAUAGAAAAAGAUGAAUGUAAUCGUUGAACUCAAGUUUGAGAAGUCAAGCUGAUAGUUAUCUCUUAAAAUUUUAUGUGUAACCUGUGUCCUUUAUUUAAAUUCCUUAUGUCAAAUGACUGUUUACUCAAACAACUUUAUCAAAAAUGAACGUUAAAAUAGUGUCUUGGAUGUCUGCUGUGUUUUUACUGGCAGUGGCAGCAGAUGAGAUGAUGAAUAUACCAGGUGGAAAGAUGUUGAUGGGAACCGGUGCAGCUGAUGGGAGAGAUGGAGAGUCCCACACGAAGGAGGUUGCAUUGGGACCUUUCAAAAUAGACAAAUAUCCAGUCACAAAUGCCGAUUUCAGAGACUUCGUGAGAGCGCAGAAGUACAAAACUGAAGCGGAGGCUUUUGGCUGGAGUUUUGUGUUUCAAGACUUUGUGUCUGAGGAGCUGAAGAGCAAAGUCACACAGAAAAUUGAGUCCGCUCCUUGGUGGUUGCCUGUAGAGCGGGUGUUCUGGAGACAGCCUGCAGGACCAGGUUCAGGCAUUCGGGAGCGCCUGGACUUCCCGGUGGUUCAGGUGAGCUGGAAUGACGCUCAGGCCUUCUGCCGGUGGAAGGGCAAGAGACUGCCAACUGAGAAGGAGUGGGAGUGGGCUGCACGUGGGGGGCUACAAGGUCGGACUUAUCCGUGGGGAAACAAGUUCCAGGCCAACAGAACCAACCUGUGGCAGGGAUCAUUUCCAGAUGGAGACACUGCAGAGGAUGGAUACCAUGGCAUCUCUCCUGUCACAGCAUUUCCUCCUCAGAAUAGCUACGGACUGUAUGACAUGAUGGGAAACACGUGGGAAUGGACAUCCACGCCCUUUCAUGGAGCUCAGCCGAUGUACGUGCUACGUGGUGGCUCCUGGAUCGACACGCUGGACGGCUCAGCCAAUCACAAGGCACAAAUCACAACCAGGAUGGGAAACACUCCUGACUCCGCCUCUGAUAACCUGGGAUUCAGGUGUGCUGCCAACAAUGGACAGAAACAAGGGAAGAAAAAAGACAAAACUGAACUGUAGCAACAAACAGGAGGUCAAAAAUAUUAAGUGAAGGAUUUGAACCUGGUAUUAAUUUGAUUCAAGGGCUAUUAAUGGAUCUAAUCACUUUCAAGUUGACAAAGAACAAGGAAAAAAGCAAGGGAUCAGUGAAAUCUUAAUGACUAACAAUGAGUAUUAAUGAAUGAUGAUGGUUACGAGAAGGCAUGAAUGUGGGAACAAAGUGUAUUUCUCCCGUGGAGAACUUAGAUUUUUUUUUACAAUUAAUUUGAUAAAGAAGAAACACAAACAGAAUAAUAGAUAACAUCAAAAAAUAAAUCUUUUUCCAAAAAAGUCCCUUCUUAUUGUUUUUCAUAAUUUAGUAGUGCACACAGCAAAAUAAUAAAAAAUCCCAUGCUGAUAAUUUUACAGACAUGACUGAGGACAUUUAUUCAAAUGUGUCAUUGAUUGUAUUCACUGAAUGGAAGAAAUAGGACACUCUGUGACUGUCAGCAUUGGUGGUCUUGCCUCCACCUUCUGUGA